GCGGCGCGGGCCGGUGGCGGCGGCUCUAGGCAUACAUGCCGAACACCAGGAAGCAGAAAAUAUCAUCCGGAAGUGAGCCCACCACCACUGAAUCAUCACCGUGAACUUUUGGUGCUGAUCUCAAAGCAGCUCUCUCUGCCUCUCCCUCUACCUGCCUUGAAGCCAGCAGUUCUCACCUGGAUGCACAGGAUGGAGGAUGCUGACAUACCUGCUCGAAACUCAGCCUGCUGGGACGAGCCUCCCCUCCCCCUCUGGCUUCUGCCACGGGAGUGUGCGGACAGCCCUCUUCACGAUGAGACGCGAUACCGCUGGCUUUCUCCGGCAGUCACACGUCCCCAGCCAGGACCUGCCAGCUCGGUGGUUGCCUCUCCGUGUCUGAUGUUCUUCCCCGUGGAUCCACAGUGGUAACCAUGGUGACGCGGGUGGAGGUCGGCACCAUAAGUUCUCUGACAGGAGUGCCAGGCCUGGGCGAGCUCUCCAAGGAGGAGGCCCUGACUCGGACCUACUUCCGUCAGGCAGGCGGCGCCUCCGGGGCCCCCUCCGCGCUGCUCUUGGAAGGAAAAAGCCCCCUCAGGAGUCCCGUCCGCUUACUCCCUCUGCCGAGACUCGCCCCCAAGCCCUUCUCCAAGGAGAAGGCCGCGGACGUGACCCCCUCGAGGCCCAGCCCAAGCAGCGGGCCGUCUCCUACCGGGGGGCCCUCCCAGGACGCGGCAGAGGGGCUGGAUGAGAAGAUGCCCGGCCUGGUGGGGCAGGAGGCCGGGGGCGUUGACGGCCCGAGAAGCGCGUCUCUGUUCGCCAAGGCCACGGUUCUGCGGCCCAGCGCCAACACCAUGAUUCUCUUUGAAACCACCAAAGCCGGGCCCACCCUGGGGAAGGGAGUCAGCCGGGGGGCUCAGGAGGCCGACGCGGGCGCGUCUCAGGGGCCUGCUACCGCCUCCCGGCCCGAGGUGGCCGCCAAGCCCGCCGUGCCGGCCCGAAAGCCUGCAGGGAUCCUUCCCCGGCCGGCCUCCCUGUCUCAGGACACCAGGCCGACGGCCACCCAAGGGGAGAUGGGCCUCGAGGAGCCCCUGUCAAAGGCCAGCAGCGUGGAGGAGGCGGGUGGCCCCGCUCUGGAGCCCAGGCCUCGCCUGAAGAGGAGGCCUGUGUCGGCCAUUUUCAUCGAGUCCAUUCAGCCUCAGAAGCCAGGCCCUGGUGGGGCAGCCGCGGCGGGGAAGGCGCCCCCCGCCCCUCCCGAGAAGACGUGGGUGAGGAGGCCCAGGCCUCUGUCCGUGGACCUCACGGCCCCAUUCGAGAGCAGACAGGCCUUGGCGAGGAAGGUGGUGGACGAGGCCACAGCAGGGUCCACUGCCCAGCGGCGGGGGCCCGAGAGGCCCGACCCAGACCCCAGAGUGGACGGGGAGUGUCUGGUCAGAGCAGAGGCUCCCCUUCACGACCCGGAUUCUGACUUCCUGCAGGUGGCCAGGAAGAUCCAGGAACGGAAGGAGAAGCUGCUCUACAAGCGGGCGGAGACGGGCAGCCUCCGAACUGCGGGGGGAUCGGCCACGGUCCCCCCAACCAAUGCCCGGAAUCUUGGGGAAGAGAAAGCCAAGCUGGAUGGGGAGCCAGAGAAGGCAGCCAAGUCCCCCCAGUCCCCUUCGCCCAGGCCUGGAAAAGGCCAAGAAAGCGCCGAGGUCAAGAGUAGACUGGCUGAUGGGGAAACCCGGGUGGGGAGAGAGCAGACACCCAGGGGCAGCGUGAAGAAGCACAUCAGCCUGUUUGGGGAGGAGGGUGCCCCGGCCUUGGCAGCGGGGUCUGAACCCCCACCAGCCACCCCUGCGUCCCCGCCGGCCCCGCCAGAGCCAGAGAAAGCGGGUGUGAGCGUCCAGCAUCGGAUCAGAGGCUGGGCCACCGAGAGCGCGGAAGCAAAGCCGGAGAUCAGGAGGAAGGCGGUCCAGGCGCGGCCACUGUCCGCGGAUUUGACCAAACUGUUUUCAAGUGCCGCUUCAUGCAACGAAGUCAAAUACGAGAGGAGUUCUGAACUGAGCAGUGAGCUUCCUAAAGAACCAAGAGAAAAGCAAAAGGAAGGGCAUGGUGUGGACGGAUCAUCUGUCCCAAGAAGCCCCUGGAAGCCUGGGACGCCCCGGGAGACAUCCAGGCAGACAGAGCGGAAAGACAGUUCAGACCAAGUCCCCAGAAGCGGUCGGGGUGAAAGCGCAGUGGGGGCUCUGAGCCCUUCCGACGGCACCCCGGAUGACGACGGAAGCUUCCAGACUGUGUGGGCCACGGUGUUCGAACAUCACGUGGAGAGGCACACGGUGGUGGACCCGUCAGGACGCUGUCUCCCGGCCACGACCCACAAGGACACAGCUGACGUCCUGGAGCUCAGAUCCAGGUUCGCUGGGUCGAGAAGCUCGCUCCCGCAAACCGCAUACCUGAAGAAAGAGUGGCUGCAAACUCCCGCCCCAGAGACGUCCGGACGGACCACCUUCUCCAGCGGCGAGCCCGCACAGCACCGCGGCUCUUCGCUCCUGGGAAGACGCCUCGUGGGCGAACAGUGCAGUCAUAACCCCGCCCUCAAGCUCUCGGAAGCCCCGCCCACAUCCGAGAGGGUGGAGCCCAGGUACGACGUGGUGCACGCGGGCGGGGAGCGGGCGCACAGCGAGGCUGUCCCCGCGGCGCCCGAGGAGAAGGCCGUGACGCUCCGCAGCAGGCGGUCUCGGCUCUCGCUGUCCCAGGAGGUCACCCCCGCCGGGACCCCUGCUGACCCCGAGCGCAGCCUGGAAGGCCAGGUGGGGUCCGUCCAAAGGGCCAGUUUGAUCUGGGAGGCUCGAGGGAUGCGUGAGGUCAGUGGGCCAAGGCCCGAGAUCCCCCGAGAGCCAAAGGACACGUCUGGAGGCAGUUGCCCGUCACCCAGAUGGACGGGCGGGGUGGCCGUGAGCUGGCAGCAAGCCGCCGUGGGGGGCGGUGAAGAGAGAGGUUCAGAACUGAGCCCCGAGGCUGCCUCUGCGAGGACUGUCCAGGCUGCCAUCCAGGAGUCCCAACACCAGGGGACCGAAGGGGCUGGAGUCAAGCCGGGAGUAAGGGGUCACCCCCAGGGGGCCCCUCUGGAGCCUCUCUGCAGGGCCUCUGACUUCCGAGCGCGGCCACACGCGGACGUGCUGGUGCAGAAGGGGCCCCUCGGCGUGCCUGGUGGCCAGGGCGGAGCGAGGCCGGCCCGGGCCCCGGAGCCCGAAGCCAGGAUGCGGAAGGCGGGCCCCAGCGACCAGAGGAUGGAGAGGUGGAGGCGGCGAACAUUACCCCACGACGUGAAGUUCGAUGAAUUCAGGUUCCUGGCCCCAGAGCACUCUUCGGAGGCAGAGCAGAGACGGACAGAUUAUUUGAGCCCCACCGCAGGUGCCUUAGGAAAACCCCAACUACCCCACAGUGGCGAGGAGACCCAGCAGGGGAACCCAGGUGUGUCACAGGUUCUUCCGGCGGCAAAGCAAGGGUCGUCUGUGGAAUCCAAGGUGACCUUUUUUGCAGUGACGUAUCAGAUUCCUGACACUCAAAAAGCAAGGAGCAUUGUAAGGCCUGGGCCCGAAAACUUGAUGGAACAUUCUAGAAAAAUAGCCCCACCUCUAUCCCCUCAUCCUUUAUCAUCUGCCUUGGUUUCUCUGAACCGUGAAGAGCUGCUGGAGACCGUGGGCAGUAAAAACUGGGCUCCGGGCAGAGAGCAGGAAAACGCAGGCUUUCCGAAGACUUUGAGGCCAACAGAUCUGUCUCUUGGGGAAAGGAUUCUGGGGCCUCCCAGUGAGAGAAUCUCCGAUGCCGACGUUUUAUGGGUUCGUCGGGGACCGGAAGACGGCAUCGGUUUUCACAACGACUGGAAGGACGGCGGGAACAAGACGUCCCCCUGCGGUGCUCCCAAAACGCCCCCAGAUUUCAAAAGUCACCCGAAAGCCGCCGAUCUCCUGGUCAGAAGGAAGACGGAGGUGGUCAGCGAGACAUUCCCAGGUAAAAUCAAGGACGGCUACAGGUCCAGCGUCCUCGACAUUGACGCCCUGAUGGCCGAGUAUCAGAGGCAGCCAGCUGGAGGCUCCGGGGAGGCCCAGGAACAGUCGGGAGGUCUGCCCGCAGAGUCCAAGAGCUUGAAUCCCGAGAGGCCCGGCCAGCAAGGCGAGGUGGAUUGGAGACGGAGGAGCCUGAAGGAGGGCCCUGACACCGAGGGUCCCUGGAAACAAGCCAGUUUUGCUGAAACAAACUCCAGUUCCACCCCCGGCUCAGGCAAGCAUCUAGCAGAGACCCCGGGGGCAGCCAUGAACAGCAGGGUCAGCCCUCCUCUCUGGGCUCUGCCGCAAUCAGCUCCUCCUGAGAAAAAUUCAGGGGUCUCUUCUGGCCCCGCGGGUCCCAGGAAAAAAGGCUCGGGGAUCACUGAGGAUGAAAAAAAAGCCUUUACUAGUAAACAUCACAGUGCAAAGUGCCAACAUCCCCCGGCUGAGUCAAAGCCUACCACUGCCUGGGAGGAUCCGGGCAGUUGGGCCAGCAUACCACCCAAGUCUUCCCCCGCUGACCAGAAGAAAGGGACCCCAAGGAAGUCCCGAGGGAGUGGAGAGGAGGGCAGUGUGGCCCAAUGGCGCGACCACCCACCGGAGUGUGGAAGGUCACCACUGGAUGUCAAGAGGGCCUGUUCGGAGAAAGGCCCCCCUCUCAGAAUCCGAGAGGGCCUGUCCCUCAUGCAGGAAGCCAGAGAGAGGAGGCAAGAGCAGCCCAAAGGGAGGCCCAGCCUCCCAAGGGAGAGUUCGGAGGCCAAAGACAUCAAGACAGGGCUCUGUCGGCAGCAGUCGGGGAAUCGAGACAGUCAAAAGGUGCCGCCGUGGGACCUAGGGAGGGAGGAUGCCCUCCAGGAUACCGAGCCGCUGCUCCGGCAGGUGAGCCCUGCGGCCGUGGGCCCCCGGAGAAGCCACAGCUUCUGCAAGGACAGGAGGAGCGGGCCCUUCGUGGAUCAGCUGAAGCAGUGUUUCUCCAGACGGACCCCUGAGGCCAAGGACACCGACACCCUCGUGCAGGAAGCCGACAGCCAGUAUGGGACGUGGCUGGACCAGCACCAGAGCCGGGAGAGCUUGGCCCCCGAGUCCCCGUCCCCAGACAGCAGUGCCGCGUCGGCUCAGAAGCAGGCCCCUGGCAGCCGCUUGUCCUCGCUGUCCUCCCAAACGGAGACCACCUCAGCCGGGGACCAGCACGACUGCUCCAGGGACCAGCGGAGCACCAGCGUGGACCGAUCCAGCACGGACCUGGAAUCCACUGAUGGGACGGAGGGGCCACCCCCGCCAGACACCUGCCCCGAAAAGAGGGUGGACGACUUCUCCUUUAUCGAUCAAACCUCAGUCCUCGACUCAAGUGCCCUAAAGACCCGGGUGCAGCUCAGCAAGAAGAGCCGCCGCCGGGCUCCCAUCUCCCACUCCCUCCGGCGCAGCCAAGUCAGUGAGUCGGGGAGCAGGUCUGCUUUGGAGGAGGAGGCCGACAGCAUGUGGAUGUUCAAGGACUCCACAGAAGAGAAAUCCCCCAGGAAGGAGGAGUCAGAUGAGGAGGAGAAGACACCCAGAGCUGAGAGGACGCCCAUCAGCCGACCCCAGAGGAUGCCCGUGUUUCCAGGCAUGGACCCGGCAGCACUGAAGGCUCAGCUGCACAAAAGGCCAGAGGCGGACAGUCCCGGCGAGACCCCCGGCUGGGCCCCCCAGCCCAAGACCCCCAAGUCCCCCUCCCAGCCCGGCGCGCUGGGCAGUCGUGUGCUGCCCUCCAGCACGGAGAAGGACGAGAGAUCAGAAGAGCCCUCCCCUCAGUGGCUUAAGGAGCUGAAAUCCAAGAAGAGGCAAAGCCUGUAUGAGAAUCAAGCUUGAGCAGAUGGGGGGCACUGCCACGUCUAAUGAACAAGCCUUAACUGUCAGAACCCGAAGACGAGGUCCCGCUGCUGCCGUCGCUUCCCGCACACGCCUGGGCCCUUCUGGUCAGUCGGGUGGAGAAGGCUGCCCAGUGCCCGCCCCCCGGCUGGCUCUCCGGGAUGGAUGGGGCAGGAAGGCUCACCCUCUACAAGCACGUGCACCGUCUCCCCAGACAGCGCUUCAGGCUGGGAAAGAAGCCAGGCAGCCCAGAAAUGUCCAUGCUGGUGGUUUUGUUUUUUUGUUUUCUGUUUGUUUUUUUUUUUUACGUAAAGAUGUGCAUUUCUACACACUUUAGACCCCUGCAGCAGCUCCGGGAACAUAGUUGUAAGUCCGGACCGUCUCCCCUGGGCUCUGAGUCAUGAAAGCGCCUCUUCCCCCCACCACUCCAGGGCUGGUCUUUUUCCAAAGGACAUUUCCAAGGAAGAUGAAACCAUUCAUUUCCUGCUGUAACCGUGGUCCCAGCAGUACCACCGGGUUGGGGACUUUGUUUGCUCCUCUGACAAAUUCCGUCCCCCUCUCGAAGAAUCAGCAGUUCCAACCUUGAAACACACCCACCCUCGUUCUUUCAGCUGUGUUUAUCCUCCCAGUGGGGCUGUGUGCAGAGCUGGCCUCUUCCAUUGUACGUCAUGUUUUGUUUGCUUUAGAAGGCAAAAAAGCAAUAAUCCAGCCAGCUUUCUUUGAAAUUUGAGAUGUAUAUAUGUUUUUACGUUGAAGAGCGGGAGGAGAGGCGUGUGAAUGGUUUGCUUGAAGUAUCUGAUCAUCUCAGGUUAUCUUAUCCCUACCCCAAGCUUUU